GGCGCCCUCUAAACAUUGUCAUUCGUUUGCGAGCACGCAACGGUUUUGGUUAGAUCCACAUCGACAAAGUUGAAUAUUUGCGUAAAAUAAAAUUGAGCAAGCAAAUUGCUUAUAUUGCAGAAGUGUUCAACAAUAAUCAAUAUUCAUAAUAAAAUUAAUAAAAUUAAUAAAAGCUGCAACUCAAGAUGUCUGAUUUCAACUUGACCAGCCUGGAAGAGUGUCUAGAGAAGCACAUACCACAAAAUGAGCUGAAAGAGGUGAAACGCGUUUUGUAUGGCGUCUCCGAACAUGAUGUCUUGGAACUGCCAGCACCUGCGGUCGCCUUAGCCGCAGAUCAUGACUUCGAGAUAAAGGGUUAUCGUAUUUCAGCACAGAAGGAGCACAUACGAAAGCCUCGCAUAGUGCGGGUAGGUGCUGUACAAAACUCUAUUGUAUUGCCGACCACCGCUCCAGUAGACAAACAACGUGAAGCCAUCUGGAAUAAGAUACGCAUCAUAAUCAAGGCUGCAGCGGCGGCGGAAGUUAAUGUCAUUUGCAUGCAGGAAGCGUGGACAAUGCCAUUUGCCUUUUGCACACGCGAAAAGUUUCCCUGGUGCGAGUUCGCCGAAGAAGCUGAAAAUGGUCCGACAACAAAAAUGCUACAGGAUCUUGCCAAAGCCUACAAUAUGGUCAUCCUAUCGUCAAUACUCGAACGUGAUACGGCGCAUGGCGACACCAUUUGGAAUACGACAGUGGUAAUUUCAAAUCGUGGCCAUUACCUCGGCAAACAUCGUAAAAAUCAUAUUCCACGCGUAGGCGACUUCAACGAAUCCACUUACUAUAUGGAAGGUAACACCGGUCAUCCUGUAUUCGAGACAGACUUUGGCAAGAUCGCUAUAAAUAUCUGCUAUGGCCGUCAUCAUCCACAAAAUUGGAUGAUGUUCGGUUUGAACGGUGCCGAAAUCGUUUUUAAUCCGUCGGCCACCGUGGGUGCACUGAGCGAACCACUCUGGGGUAUUGAAGCACGCAAUGCUGCUAUCGCAAAUAGUUAUUUCACAGUCGCAAUAAAUCGUGUGGGUAGCGAAGAGUUUCCCAACGAGUAUACUUCUGGUGAUGGUCAGAAGGCGCAUAAAGUUUUCGGACCAUUUUACGGUUCGUCUUAUGUAGCGGCACCGAAUGGUGCACGUACCCCAGGCUUAUCACGGCAUCGGGAUGGUCUACUUGUGACCGAGCUGGAUUUGAAUUUAUGUAGACAAGUGAAAGACUUCUGGAACUUCCCAAUGACACAACGUCUACCAUUGUAUGCAGAAUCUUUUAAGCGCGCCUCUGAACUGGUUUUUAAGCCUCAAGUCAUAAGGGAGUAGCGGAUGAGGUGAGGAGGGUCUUCACGUGACUAACGAAUUAGUGUUCCUUAUUAAAUAAAUAUAAUUUUUUUAAUGUAAAAGUAUUGUUUUUGUUACCGAAAAUAUUAAUACAAAAUUCCUUUUUUGUCAAUAA